CAGUGGCAUGACUGUGCCCCAGGCUUUCCCACUGGGGUCCCUCCAGGAGCCUACAGGUGCCUUGAUGGAGCCCCAGCCCUGCCCUCGAAGCUUGGCUGAGGGCUUCCUGGAGGAGGAGCUUUGGCUCAAUGCUGAGCUGAGCCAGUUGCAGUUUUCAGAGCCAGUGGGCAUCAUCUACAAUCCUGUGGAGUAUGCGUGGGAGCCACAUCGCAACUAUGUGACUCACUACUGCCAGGGCCCCAAGUAAGUGCUCUUCCUGGGGAUGAACCCGGGACCUUUUGGCAUGGCCCAGACUGGGGUGCCCUUUGGGGAAGUGAGCAUGGUCCGGGACUGGUUGGGCAUUGGGGGGCCUGUGCUGACCCCUCCCCAGGAGCACCCUAAACGACCAGUGCUGGGCCUGGAGUGCCCACAGUCAGAGGUGAGCGGUGCCCGAUUUUGGGGCUUUUUCCAGAACCUUUGUGGACAGCCCAAGGUCUUCUUCCGUCACUGUUCUGUCCACAAUCUAUGCCCUCUGCUCUUCCUGACUCCCAGUGGGCGCAACCUCACCCCUACUGAGCUACCUGCCAAGCAGCAAGAACAGCUUCUUGGGACCUGUGACGCAGCCCUCUGCCGGCAGGUGCAGCUGCUAGGGGUGCAGCCGGUGGUGGGAAUGGGGCGACUGGCGGAGCAGCGGGCACGGCGGGCUCUGUCAGGCCUGAUGCCAGAGGUCCAGGUGGAGGGGCUGCUGCAUCCCUCUCCCCGCAACCCACAGGCCAACAAGAGCUGGGAGGCAGUGGCCAAGGAAAGACUGAAUGAGUUGGGGCUGCUGCCCCUGCUAUCGAAAUGAAUACCCCUGGGGCCUGGCAUAGGACAUAUUCAAAGCUUCCCAGUCAUUCUUGGGCAAGCAGAUGA